GAACUGGGGCAAACGGAGGGGCUUUUCGACACCCGUAUUAUCAUUCUAGUAUAAGGGUCAUACUUUCCUAUUUACACGAUCACAAGAAAUGUCGUAGGAAUGUAGCAGUGAGUGAGGCUGAUGGACGCAGGAUGCAGCGCGUCUAUUGGCUGGUUAAACUCCAGCGCGUCCGAUUGGCCUGAGACAAACUUUAGGGGUGAUGAUGGAUCGAGGAGGAGCAGGACGUGGGAACUCUUACUUGUGAACCUUCAGCAGUCUGAACAGGUCGGGAUUAACUAUGUCUGUGAACUGACCCCGGGCCGUUGCAUGGGUGCCUUCGCUGCAUUCCACUGAACCCGUGAACUAGCCAUUUUUUUUACGCGUGAGUAUAUUUACUGGCACGGGAAGCAUGCACCUUGCGCUUCUGCUGACGCUGGGUUUCGGGUUCGCGUUUGCAUGCCAGCUACCCAGCGAGUGGCGACCCCUGAGCGAGGGUUGUCGGGCUGAACUUGCCGAGAUCAUCGUGUACGCCAAGGUGUUGGCCAUCCACGAGGAGCCGUACGCGUCCAGUCUGUACAAUUACCUGCCGUACCAGAGGCACGAGCGCGCGGAGGACGCGCUCCUGUACGCGGCGGAGGUGGAGUUGCUAUGCGACCAGGCGUGGGGAAGCAUGCUGGAGGUGCCCGCGGGCUCGCGCCUCAACCUCACGGGACUCGGGUACUUCAGCUGUCAGUCACACACCGUGAUGGAAAACAACUCCUACAUAUUCUUCCUUAGAAUGGAUGAAAACUACAACAUCCUCCCUCAUGGAGUUAACUUCCAGGACGCCAUAUUCCCAGACACGCUGGAUAACAGACGCCUGUUUUCCAGCCUCUUCCAGUUCUCAAACUGCUCUGCUGGACAGACGGUGCACAACUUUAAUAGUGAUUGGGAGAGCCAGGAAGACAGCAGGCUGCUGUGUUCCUCCGUGCAGAAGGUGUUGUUCGAAGAGGAGGAGCGGGUUGGACAGCUCCAGGAGCGCGUGGCCGAGCUGGAGAGGAAGAAUAAACAGUUAAAAGAACGAGUGGGGAAACUGAGGCAUUCCCUGAGGAAAGCCCGGAAGGUGUCCCGCCGCGCAGAACGGGAACGCCAGGAGCUCCAAGAGCUCGUGAAGACAGCGGAGAGACGUGCAGGACUUCACCUCAAUGCUAUUCCACCCCAACACACCCCUCCACACCACAGAUACACACAUGGACUGUGAACUCAUCACACAAACACCUUCACACACAGAAAACAAGUGGUUCUCUUACUCUAUAUUUUUAUCUUGUUUUUCAGGAUAUCUUAAAAAGAUACGUUUACUUGAGAAGCAAGAUGACAUGAAAAAAUUUGUCUUGUAUUCUGAUAAA